UGGCCCUGCAGGGCACCCACUAAGUCCCUAGCUGGGCGGCACCCUGCUGCGACGUCCCGCUCUGCCCCAAAUCGAAACUGAAAGCCCCAACCGGUGACCUGCCCUUCCUGUGGCUGGAGAGGGUGGCCCGCAGACGGGAGUGCGCCCAGAGAUGUGGCCAUGGCCGGCAGAGCUCGCAGAGAGGCGGUGCAGGCCGCAGCUCGGGAACUUCUCAAUUUCGUGAACCGGAGCCCCUCUCCGUUCCACGCUGUCGCCGAGUGUCGCAACCGCCUCCUCCAGGCAGGCUUCCAUGAACUCAAGGAGACAGAGACCUGGACUCUCAAGCCAGAGAGCAAGUACUUCUUGACCAGGAACUCCUCCACCAUCAUCGCUUUCGCUGUGGGAGGCCAGUAUGUUCCUGGCAAUGGUUUCAGCCUCAUUGGAGCGCACACAGAUAGCCCCUGCCUCCGGGUGAAGCGCCGUUCUCGCCGCAGCCAGGCCGGCUUCCAGCAGGUGGGCGUGGAGACCUAUGGAGGCGGAAUCUGGAAUACCUGGUUUGACCGGGACCUGACCUUGGCUGGACGCGUCAUUCUUAAGUGCCCUGCCACAGGCCGGAUAGAGCAGCAGCUGGUGCAUGUGGACCGGCCCAUCCUCCGCAUCCCGCACCUGGCCAUCCACCUGCAGAGGAACAUCAAUGAGAACUUUGGACCCAACAUGGAGAUGCACCUGGUCCCCAUUCUUGCCACAGCAGUCCAGGAGGAGCUGGAGAAGGGGACCCCUGAGCCAGGGCCCCUCAGUGCUGCAGAUGACCGACACCAUUCAGUCCUCAUGUCCCUUCUCUGCUCUCUCUUGGGGCUGAGCCCCGAAGACAUCUUGGAGAUGGAGCUGUGUCUCGCAGACACCCAGCCUGCGGUCCUGGGCGGUGCCUAUGAGGAGUUCAUCUUUGCCCCCCGGCUGGACAACCUGCACAGCUGCUACUGUGCCUUGCAGGCCUUGAUCGAUUCCUGCGCGGCCCCCGCCUCCCUGGCCGAGGACCCCAAUGUGCGCAUGGUCGCCCUCUACGACAACGAGGAGGUGGGGUCUGAGAGCGCCCAGGGGGCACAGUCCCUGCUGACGGAGCUGGUCCUGCGGCGGAUCUCAGCCUCGUCCCAGCACCUGACGGCCUUCGAGGAAGCCAUCCCCAAGUCCUUCAUGAUCAGCGCAGACAUGGCGCACGCCGUGCACCCCAACUACCAAGACAAGCAUGAAGAGAACCACCGGCCCUUAUUCCACAAGGGCCCUGUGAUCAAGGUGAACAGCAAGCAGCGCUAUGCCUCGAAUGCAGUUACCGAGGCCAUAAUCCGAGAGGUGGCCAAGAAUGUCGGGGUCCCCCUGCAGGAUCUCAUGGUGCGAAACGACUCCCCCUGCGGCACCACUAUCGGCCCCAUCCUGGCGUCCCGGCUAGGGCUUCGGGUCCUGGACCUGGGCAGCCCCCAGCUGGCCAUGCACUCCAUCCGGGAGACAGCCUGUACCUCGGGGGUCCUGCAGACCCUCACCCUCUUCAAGGGCUUCUUUGAGCAGUUCCCAACACUGAGCCGCUAUCUCCUAGUGGACUGAGACCUCUGGGGGAGACUUCUCUUGCUCCUAAAAGGGGAAGAAGUUCUCAGCUAACUUGCAGCUGAAUUAUUAAAGUGAAUUUUUCACACAAA